AUGGAGAGCGGCGGCGGGGCGCCCCCGGCGGGGGCGGUCGGGGCGGCGGCCGAGCCCCCACAGUGCCCGCUGCAGCCGGUGGCGGGGCGUGGCGGGGCCGCCGGCCCGCUGGAGCCCGAGGGGGCGGCCGAGGGCGCCGGGGGCGGAGGCGAGGGCGCGGGCGCGGGCGGGCCGCGGCGGGCGCUGCGGGCAGUAUACGUGCGCAGCGAGAGCCCCCGGGGCGGCGCGGCCGGCGGCCCCGAGGCGGGGGCGCGCCAGUGGCUGCUGCGGGCCUGCGAGGCGGAGGGCGCCCACCUCAUCUCCGUACCCUUCGGGGAGCUAGACUUCGGGGAGACGGCCGUGCUCGACGCCUUCUACGACGCAGAUGUUGCUGUGGUGGACAUGAGCGAUGUCUCCAGACAGCCUUCACUCUUCUACCAUCUUGGAGUCCGUGAGAGCUUCGAUAUGGCCAAUAACGUGAUCCUGUAUCACGACACCGAUGCUGACACGGCUCUUUCUUUGAAGGAUAUGGUAACUCAGAAAAACACAGCAUCCAGUGGAAAUUAUUAUUUCAUCCCAUACAUCGUGACACCAUGCGCUGAUUAUUUUUGCUGCGAGAGUGAUGCCCAGCGGCGUGCCUCAGAGUACAUGCAGCCCAACUGGGACACCCUCCUGGGUCCACUGUGUGUGCCUCUGGUGGACAGGUUUACUAGCCUCCUCAAGGACAUCCAUGUGACCUCAUGUGCUUAUUACAAAGAAACCUUGUUAAAUGACAUCCGGAGAGCCAGAGAGAAAUACCAGGGUGAUGAACUGGCCAAGGAGCUGGCUCGGAUCAAACUCCGCAUGGAUAACACUGAGGUUCUGACCUCAGACAUCGUCAUUAAUUUACUGCUGUCCUAUCGCGAUAUCCAGGACUAUGAUGCAAUGGUGAAGCUGGUAGAAACACUGGAGAUGCUGCCUACGUGUGAUUUGGCUGACCAGCAUAACAUUAAAUUCCACUAUGCAUUUGCACUGAAUAGGAGAAACAGCUCAGGUGAUCGUGAGAAGGCCCUGCAGGUCAUGCUCCAGGUUCUGCAGAGCUGUGACCACCCGGCUCCCGACAUGUUCUGCCUCUGUGGGAGGAUCUACAAGGACAUCUUCUUAGAUUCGGACUGCAAAGAUGAUGCCAGCAGAGACAGCGCCAUCGAAUGGUAUCGCAAAGGGUUUGCGCUCCAGCCAUCUCUUUAUUCAGGAAUCAACCUUGCGGUAUUGCUGAUAGUCUCUGGACAACAAUUUGAAACUUCCAUGGAACUGAGGAAAAUAGGUGUCCGGCUGAACAGUUUGUUGGGAAGAAAAGGGAGCUUGGAGAAAAUGAACAGCUACUGGGAUGUAGGUCAGUUCUUCAGUGUCAGCAUGUUGGCCAGUGAUGUGGGGAAGGCUGUCCAGGCAGCAGAGAAGUUGUUCAGACUGAAACCUCCCAUCUGGUACCUGCGGUCACUAGUUCAGAACUUGUUGUUAAUUCAGCGUUUCAAGAAACCCAUUAUUGAACAUUCACCCAGGCAAGAACGGCUGAACUUCUGGCUAGAUAUAAUUUUUGAGGCAACAAAUGAAGUUACUAAUGGACUCAGAUUUCCAGUUCUGGUGAUAGAACCAACCAAAGUCUACCAGCCUUCUUAUGUCUCCAUAAACAGUGAAGCUGAGGAGAGGACCGUUUCUCUGUGGCAUGUCUCACCCACAGAAAUGAAACAAAUUCAUGAAUGGAAUUUUACAGCCUCUUCCAUUAGAGGAAUAAGCAUAUCCAAGUUCGACGAACGGUGUUGUUUUCUUUACGUCCAUGAUAAUUCUGAUGACUUUCAAAUCUACUUUUCCACUGAAAACCAGUGCAGUAGGUGA